CUGGCGAUGGACAUAAAACCGUUGACGAAAAAAUUAAUUCAAACCGGCUCUUGAAAUCCCCUCUGUCCACGCAUCUUUCAUAACCUCCCUCAGCUCGCGCUCCACCCUCUCGAUACAAAGAGAGGAACCACCACAUGUACACAACUUCACAGGCACACGAACAGCACGAGCAGCUGCACCAGCAACACAAGCAGCAGUGGGGUCAACACCUGCACAGCCAACACCAAUCCUGGCUUGAGCAGGAGGCCGAGCAACAGCACCAACACCAGCCCCAAAUGGAUCAUUCUGGUCGGCGGAAACGAUCCUUCCACUUUGAGCCCGAGUUCAUUGCAGCACUAGACGCCUCACUGGAGGAGCCAGCUUCCCCUUUUGCCAGACCACGACCCGGCAAAAAACCCAGACGAUCAACAGCCGCUCCUACCCUCUCGAGCACCAACAACAGCAUCAAUACUGAAUCGAGACUGGCACUGCCCCCAAAGCAGAAAUCCACAAUUGGUUUCGUCCCACAACAGAUAUCCGAUGGCCCCAGUAUCAUUGAUUUAUCGUCAGGCGAAGAACUGGUGGCCCUGAACCUCGGAGAGAACGAACACAAGCGGCGGCGUCCAAAAGCGACUGAAAAUGGCUCAUCGACGGAAUCGUUACGAGAGGUCUAUGAUGUCAUGGAGGAUGGAUCGCUACGACCAGUCAUGGAUCAUGCACCAGCAUUGCCCUCCCCUGCGAAGCGUUUGCGCACAGAUACCCAUCAAAAGAACGACAUCGGUCACAGCAGCAGCGAGAACAGGAACAGCAUACGCCGUACUGGAUCCACGGUUUCUAACCUACAUCUGAACGGCCACGAGUUUAAGAAGGAAAAGUCCAAGGACAAGUAUCGGGAUGAUCAGUGGCAGAUGGGUCAAGAUACCUGGAUGGCCGAGGAUGAAGGUUCGAUCAAGAUGAGUCCAAAGAUGCCUCGAGCUGAGCUCGGCGCUUUGAUCCGAUACGAGGGUCCUAAAUCCAUGACGCUUGCAGAUGGAGUCGACGCAUUGCUUAGACAGCGGUGGAUGGAACCGCACACAAAUGCGCCAACCUUGCAUAAUACGCAGGGCAACGAGCUGGUGCUGUAUCGUCGUCCACCACCAACACUCUUGAGUUCGCAGGAGGAGGAUGAUUCGCAGAUAUCGUCGGCGCGUAUUGAGGAGCUGGAUGACAGUGACGAACCAUAUGUUUCACAAAGUUGGGCGGACAAGGAUGAUUCGCGGCUAGAUGAACUAGAAGAGGGGAUCAUGGAUAUGGACCUGGACUAGGUUCAAGACGGCCGAACUCAUGCUUCCAACGGUACACCCCUGCACUCUCUCCAUUUCUACACUUCACAAUCGCUGGUCAUUGCGGUUCCACGUUAUCUUGUACAUAGUUUUCUUUUCAUUCACCUGCAUGCCAAAAUAAAUUCCAACAAAGAUCAGUUCAUUGAC